ACGACGAUUUCCCAAAACGCUUGCUGUUUCGGUGGGCAAAGUUUCCGCCUUCGAAUUCACCUACAAUUUUUAGACUAUUGUGAAGGAAAGUUCUGUCUUAAUGAAGUGGACAACGCCAAUCUUCCACGUGACUUCACGGAGAUGGCGGACUUUUUGCUGGCUCGGGAAGUAAAGAAAGGUUUUGAGGAAUCAAGAGCCGAAAAGAGACCAUCGAGACUCUCCUACCUUAAUAAUUUGAAUGUAGCGAAUACUCUAUAG